CCGGCCAGUUACCUACUGACUUUAUUCACAACCGUGCCGGAGUGCAUCGAUAUCGUGCAACAGCGAGACACACGUGCCUCGUCGGGAUCGCAAUAUCGUGAAUUCGUCUGGUCUUCUUCGUCUUUCCGCAGUGUUCUUUUCAAGAAUAAAAGCGGUGCGUGAGUUAAGUUCAGUAAUUCCGGGCCUUCGGUUCAUUUCAACAUGUUUUAUCUUCAGACGGCGAUAGUCUGCAUGGCAGUAACGCACGUGAUAUGCGACCUACCACCAGGGACGAGACGCAACACCUAUCUGCCACCUGAACCAACCAAGGGUUACAACUACGACACACCGCGAAUACCAUUUUCGAAACCGACUACCACACGGCCGCCAUUUACUACAACGACGCCGUUUACAACGCGUCCGUACUCCAAGCCACCUCCGAAAUUCACACCUUCCAGACCUCCUCCUGACCAGGGUUAUCCACCAGCAGGCAGCAGACCCACUCCAGAAUUCCCCGAUUACGGGACACCCACCAGACCAGCUGGAACUACUUUGCCUGUUGGUGGUCACGAUCAUCAUCAUCACGAGCCAGGAAUGCCGUUCGACUUCAACUACGCGGUCAAGGAAGAAGCCUUUGGAAAUGACUAUUCCCAUAACGCGAUAAGCGACGGUGACAUCGUUCGUGGCGAGUACAGAGUCCAGCUUCCGGACGGGAGGCUGCAAAUCGUUCGCUAUACCGCCGAUUGGAAACACGGUUUCAGCGCACAGGUCUCGUACGAUGGAAAUCCACGCUUCGAUGUUCCACGACCGCCUAGCAACUUUGCUGGCUAUUAGACUGUUAGCAGGCUGUGGAUGUAUAUACAUUUGUGUAAAGGGAAGAAAAUUUUAAAAAUAUAAAACUGCAAAAGUAUAAGGGAUAUUGAAAAUAAGAGUACAGUGAAACCAAAUUAAUUAAUCAAGUACAAAUCUUGCAAAUUGUCCGAACAGUAUCCAAUAAUAAUAUGUAUGAUUUUCUAUGGAUUAUACGAACUAAAAAUCAUAAAAAUAUAGAAAAAAAGAAAUUUAAUAAUAAGCAAUAUCAAGAAUGUGCAAUGCUGAAAGUAAGUCUCACUGUACUCGUAAUAUUUGGUUAUAUAGGUUCCAUUUUUUUGGUCGUGUUCUUCAAACUACAAAACUGCAAAAGCAUCUGCAGCCUAGCUGUCAGAGUCUAGCCUAUGGUUGCGAGCCACGUUUGUCUUGCGGUUUUUAUUGUUAGUCUUGAUCGUGCUGUUUCUGCGCUAACUAGCUGAGAUCCAGAUCAUCCAAACAUUUCUUUGAAGUCGCUAGUGUCGUUAAGAGGCAGUUCCAGGGGGGAUGGCGCCACUGACGCAUGCAGAACUCUUCUUUGGACCCUUUAUAGUGAAUAUAUGAGUUUCAUUGAAUUAAAGAUGCAAUAAUCAAUGAUACGAGUACUUAAAAGCAUUGUUUCAUUGUGUUGAAAAGUAUAAUUUUGUAAUUUUUGUAAUUACCAAUAGCUUCGAAUUAAGACUUUAAGGAGCAAAAGAAGAGUUCUACAGAUUCUUCCCAGUCUGUCACUUGGUUUAUGGAAUAUGAAUGAAACAAUUGAUUCUAUGAUCACAAAUGGUUCAAUUCCAGCUGGUAUUUUAUAUCCCCCUAGCCAUCGUAAAAAUCUAGAUCUAAGUGAAGGGAAAUCUUAGACCAGAGUACGUUUUAUAUUCUUCAGUUAGAUUUGUCCAAUGGACACGGAUAUAUAGAAGGAAAAGAAUAAAAAAAUUCUGAGAAAGUCAGAGAUGUACUUCUACGAAGCAUGAAGUAGCAGCUAAGGAUUAACUUCUAGUAGUAACUGUUGGUUUUUAAGGGCGCUGAUGAAACAAUACUAACCCCAUGCAAUAGGAUGUGGCCUUUCUAUAUGAUAGAAGUGAUUACAUUUGUCAAUUAUCACCCAAAUUAAGACGCAAUGUAUAAUCCAUCAAUUUACAAUGUAGAGUGAACAGAUGAUUUUUUUGAAAAAAAAAAAAAAUAGAAGUUGUUCAAAUAUAUCUUCAUGAUAAGGAAGAAAGCGAUGUAAAGAAAUUGAAAGAUUUAAUAAAUAAACCAAAUGAUUGUAUUAUUUUUAAUAAUGAAAGUAUACAUGCUUUUUAAUACAUGUA